GCUGCUGCCGCUGCUCGCCGCCCCCGGCGCCUCAGCCUACAGCUUUCCCCAGCAGCACACGAUGCAGCACUGGGCCCGGCGCCUGGAGCAGGAGAUUGACGGCGUGAUGCGGAUCUUUGGGGGUGUCCAGCAGCUCCGUGAGAUUUACAAGGACAACCGGAAUCUAUUUGAGGUGCAAGAGAAUGAACCUCAGAAGUUAGUGGAGAAGGUGGCAGGGGACAUUGAGAGCCUGCUGGACAGGAAGGUGCAGGCCUUGAAGAGACUGGCUGACGCGGCAGAGGGCUUCCAGAAAGCCCACCGCUGGCAAGACAACAUCAAGGAGGAAGACAUCAUGUACUAUGACGCCAAAGCUGAUGCAGAACUGGAUGAACCUGAGAGUGAGGAUGUGGAGAAGGGUUCUAAGGCUAACACCCUCAGGCUGGACUUCAUGGAGGACUCAAACUUCAAGAACAAGGUCAACUAUUCAUACACAGCCGUGCAGAUCCCCACGGACAUCUACAAAGGCUCCACCGUCAUCCUCAAUGAGCUCAACUGGACAGAGGCACUAGAGAAUGUGUUCAUCGAGAACCGCAGGCAGGACCCCACGCUGCUAUGGCAGGUCUUUGGCAGCGCCACGGGGGUCACUCGCUACUACCCAGCCACCCCGUGGCGAGCCCCCAAGAAAAUCGACCUGUACGAUGUCCGAAGGAGACCCUGGUACAUCCAGGGGGCCUCAUCGCCCAAGGACAUGGUCAUCAUCGUGGACGUGAGUGGCAGCGUGAGCGGCUUGACCCUGAAGCUGAUGAAGACAUCCGUCUGCGAGAUGCUGGACACUCUCUCUGAUGACGACUAUGUAAACGUCGCCUCGUUCAACGAGAAGGCACAGCCCGUGUCAUGCUUCACACACCUGGUGCAGGCCAAUGUGCGUAACAAGAAGGUGUUCAAGGAGGCGGUGCAGGGCAUGGUGGCCAAGGGUACCACAGGCUACAAGGCCGGCUUCGAGUAUGCCUUCGACCAGCUGCAGAACUCCAACAUCACUCGCGCCAACUGCAACAAGAUGAUCAUGAUGUUCACGGAUGGCGGGGAAGACCGCGUGCAGGAUGUCUUUGAGAAGUACAACUGGCCCAACCGGACGGUGCGUGUGUUCACCUUCUCCGUGGGGCAGCACAACUAUGACGUCACACCCCUGCAGUGGAUGGCCUGUGCCAACAAAGGUUACUAUUUUGAGAUCCCUUCCAUUGGCGCCAUCCGCAUCAACACACAGGAAUAUCUAGACGUUUUGGGCAGGCCCAUGGUGCUGGCAGGCAAGGAGGCCAAGCAGGUGCAAUGGACCAACGUGUAUGAGGAUGCACUGGGGCUGGGGCUGGUGGUGACAGGGACCCUCCCUGUCUUCAACCUGACGCAGGAUGGCCCUGGGGAAAAGAAGAACCAGCUGAUCCUGGGCGUGAUGGGCAUUGACGUGGCACUGAAUGACAUCAAGAGGCUGACUCCCAACUACACACUUGGUGCCAACGGCUACGUGUUUGCCAUUGACCUGAACGGCUACGUGUUGCUACACCCCAACCUUAAGCCCCAGACCACCAACUUCCGGGAGCCUGUGACUCUGGACUUCCUGGAUGCAGAGCUAGAGGAUGAGAACAAGGAGGAGAUCCGCCGGAGCAUGAUUGAUGGCAACAAGGGCCACAAGCAGAUCAGAACAUUGGUCAAGUCCCUGGAUGAGAGAUACAUAGAUGAGGUGAUGCGGAACUACACCUGGGUGCCUAUAAGGAGCACCAACUACAGCCUCGGGUUAGUGCUCCCGCCCUACAGCACCUUCUACCUCCAAGCCAACCUCAGCGACCAGAUCCUACAGGUCAAGUUGCCAAUCAGCAAACUGAAGGAUUUUGAGUUCCUGCUCCCCAGCAGCUUUGAGUCUGAAGGACAUGUUUUCAUUGCUCCCAGAGAGUAUUGCAAGGACCUGAAUGCCUCAGACAACAACACCGAGUUCCUGAAAAACUUCAUUGAGCUCAUGGAGAAAGUGACUCCAGACUCCAAACAGUGCAACAACUUCCUUCUGCACAACCUGAUCUUGGACACGGGCAUCACACAGCAACUGGUGGAGCGCGUGUGGCGGGACCAGGAUCUCAACACGUACAGCCUUCUCGCUGUGUUCGCCUCCACUGAUGGUGGCAUCACCCGCGUCUUCCCCAACAAGGCAGCAGAGGACUGGACAGAAAACCCUGAGCCCUUCAAUGCCAGCUUCUACCGCCGCAGCCUAGAUAACCAUGGCUAUAUCUUCAAGCCCCCACACCAGGAUGCCCUAUUAAGGCCACUCGAGCUAGAGAAUGACACGGUGGGCAUCCUCGUCAGCACGGCUGUGGAACUCAGUCUAGGCGGACGCACGCUGAGGCCAGCAGUGGUGGGUGUUAAGCUGGACCUAGAGGCUUGGGCUGAGAAGUUCAAGGUGCUAGCCAGCAAUCGUACCCACCAGGACCAGCCUCAGAAGCAGUGCGGCCCCAGCAGCCACUGUGAGAUGGACUGCGAGGUUAACAAUGAGGACCUGCUCUGUGUCCUCAUCGAUGAUGGGGGUUUCCUGGUGCUGUCAAACCAGAACCAUCAGUGGAACCAGGUGGGGAGGUUCUUCAGUGAAGUGGAUGCCAACCUGAUGCUGGCCCUCUACAAUAACUCCUUCUACACCCGCAAGGAGUCCUACGAUUAUCAAGCUGCCUGUGCCCCCCAACCACCUGGCAACCUGGGUGCUGCACCCCGGGGUGUCUUUGUGCCCACCAUUGCAGAUUUCCUUAACCUGGCCUGGUGGACUUCAGCUGCCACCUGGUCCUUGUUCCAGCAGCUUCUCUAUGGCCUUAUCUACCACAGCUGGUUCCAGGCAGACCCCGCCGAGGCCGAGGGGAACCCCGACGCGCGCGAGAGCAGCUGCGUCAUGAAACAAACACAGUACUACUUCGGCUCGGUGAACGUCUCCUACAACGCCAUCAUCGACUGCGGCAACUGCUCCAGGUUGUUCCACGCGCAGAGACUGACCAACACCAACCUUCUCUUCGUGGUGGCCGAGAAGCCGCUGUGCAGCCAGUGUGAGGUGUAUCGGCUGCUCCAGAAGGAGACACACUGCCCAGCGGACGGCCCGGAACAGUGUGAACUGGUGCAGAGACCACGAUACCGGAGAGGCCCGCACAUCUGCUUCGACUACAACGCGACGGAAGAUACGUCAGAUUGCGGCCGCGGAGCCUCCUUCCCGCCGUCACUGGGCGUCCUGGUGUCCCUGCAGCUGCUGCUGCUCCUGGGCCUGCCUCCGCGGCCGCAGCCUCAAGUCCACGCCCACGCCUCGCGCCGCCUCUGAACACCGCCCCCACCCCGCAGGCCCACCCUCCUCUCACCCUCCCCACCCUCCCCCGCCUUAGAGCCUAGCCUUCUCCCUCUUUAAAGGACCUGAGCGUGUUAGACCCUCCCCUAGAGUCUGAACUUGAGUGGGGUUCCCCCGAGGGCCUGUAGGUCUUUGGCCCCCAAGCCAGAGUCGCCAUUGCCCCCUUCCCCCCCAACCCCUCCUCCCACCUCGAUCCUUCUCAUUCCCACUGGACGCACCCACCGCCAAGGCUGGCACACAGAAGCCACAGUACUGGUGCCAAACCAGGCCUCCACUGCCCACCCUGCCCGGCCCCAAAACUCCCUUUAUGUGGGAGACCUACGCCCUGUCUCCUAACCUGCCCCUUCUGUCCCACCCAGGACCAAAUUUGGAUUUCCUGAGACUCGCGGAGGAAGUUGACAUGGACAGUUUGCGACCCUGUGCACCCCAGCUUAAUCAGGCAGGAGAGAGGUCCUGGGGCAGCCCCCCAAUGGGCUUAUGCCCCUCUCAGGCUUACAGCCACCUCCCCUCACUCCCAAAACCUGCAGGUGUCAAGACAGUGACAGCAGCACUGGGUCAGAUACAACCCCAUACACACCUGGAGCCCCAAGGGCAGAAACUGGACUCCACUCCAUUAGACAUGCUGUGGAGGGCACACACACAAACAUUUGUACAAUCACACACACACCAUGGGGUAGGGUGGAGGUGGGGGCUCACAAAGCCUUACCCAAGGCUCGGGGUUGGUGGGAAAGUUGGCACUGCACACUCAAUCCACUGCUCACCACCCACCUCUAAAUCUGACCUGCAGCCCAACCGUCCUCCACCUCUAAAGCUGAAUGUCAAAGCAGAAAAACAGUGCCAAAUGCUGGGGCUGAGGGGGGAAGUCCCCUCUGGCCCACCCUAGCCGCCAGUGUUCCCUAAAUGCCCCUCACCCAGCCAGGUGCUCAUUGUAACCAUUUCUCACUUAGUGUCAGGCCCCCAGUGGGACCACAAGCCCCUGCCUGCACCCCUCAGCAGAGGAACCCUCACCAGACAUUGCCCUUUGCCUUAGCAGGGGUGACUUGAUCUCUCCUGGCUGGGCCCCCGCAAUCUGGCCCUUACAUACUCAGGCCUGUGCCCACUCCCUGUCUCCUUCCUAUUCACACGCACCUUCCCUGCCCCCAGGAGGCCUAACUGCUUCUCCCUGCUGAACACACACUUGCACGUGCACACACACAUACACACACUCUACACACAGAGGCUGGGCCCAGGCACAUCUCUUCACACCAUUCAUUCUGGUGAUGUCCCCAAGGGCAUCCCAGCCUGGGGACCACUGGGGGACUGAGGGCAGGGGAAAGUGGGCCAUGGGGCUCAGAUGGAUUGGGAGGAGGGGGGAGGGUGAUGCAUUAAUUAAUGGCUCCGUUAAUUAAUGUCAUGUUGCUUGUUGCUUUCUCAGUGUGUGUGUAUGGUCCAUGCCCGCUGCUGGUGGCAGGGUGGCGCCCGUGCUGCACACCCAGCCUAGAUGCCAGCCGUGUCUUGUGGGGGCGUGUGUGUAACCGUAGUGUAGUCAGGUGCUCAAUGGAGAAUAUAAAAAUAAAAAAAGAAUCAAACAUAUACAGAAAAAAAUAUAUAUUUUAAGUUUAAAAAACAGAAAAACAGACAAAACAAUCCCCAUCAGGUAGUUGUCCAACCCCCAGCUGGGUCUGAUUCUUCUCAUCACCCACCUGACCUGGCUGCCCCCUCACCUCAGGCUUGGGGGACUGGGGGGCCAUUUCCUCUUCUCUGCCCUUUUUUUUGGUUGUUCUAUUUUGUACAGACAAGUCGGAAAAACAAGUGACAAAAAAAGUCAAGAAACUUUGUAAAAUAUCGUGUGUGUGAUUCCUUGUAAAAUAUUUUCAAAUGGUUUAUUACAGAAGAUCAGUUAUUAAAUAAUGUUCAUAUUUUCACUUCAAAUGGUUCCAUCCACUGUGUCUGCCCUGGGGUGAGUGAGGACUGGGGUGAAGACAAGUAGCCAUGACUUCAGAGUCCUACUUCCUGCUCAUCUGGUAAGGUGAAGGCCACCAGCAAUCCAGGCCCCCAGCAGGUUAGGUCAUGACACUUCCCAAGCUCCAAAGAGCCAGAUCCUAUCUCUCAUGUAAUCUUCUCAGAGCAUCUGAGAAAGGCUGUCUUAAAAAAUAAUAAAAGGCUUCCUAAAGGCCCAAGGUCAGGAGAGUAAAGGAAAGAAGACAGAUGAGAUGCAGGCCUAGGGAGGUUCCAGCUAGAGGUCAGAUCGCCCGGCCCAGCAUGCAGGUUCAUUACCUGGAGCAAAGGACAAGGACGUGGGUUGGGUCCAACACUGAGUGUUGCAGAGCACAGUCCUAAUGUUCUGAAAAAGCCAGGCAGC